AUGGACGAUGGUAACAUCUUCACAGACACACGAAACCAACACAUUGCCGGUCAAAGUUCAGUGGGUCAACAAGAUCGCUCAAGUGACGAAUGUCCAUUAGAAAGGAUGAACACCUUCGAUGACGCCGAUGGCAGCAUCUUCGAUGAUCUUAAUAUCUCCGACGAUAUUAUUGUUGGCGCCGAAGAUAUUAACAUCGGCGAUGGUGACAUCUUCGAUGGU